AUGGGAAAGAGAGCCUAUUUUAUAGGCCUCCUAGUACUACUCCACCACCUCCUGGCAUUUCUCUUCGUGGACGGUACUUGCGGGAACGAAUGGUCAGAACCAUACCCUCUCUGCGCAGCUCCGCUAGAGCUUCGGUUUGCAGCUCGUGUAACAGGGAGAGUACGCCAACCAGAAUUCACUCCCGAAGAAAUUGAAGAGAAUGAGGAACUUGCGGAGAGAGGUCUCUCGCAAUUGAGCCUCGCAACCCUGUACAAGGCAUUCAAAGCGAAGCUUGCUUCUCGUGAGGCUGCGCGUCAACAUCUGUUGACGACAACGUGGGAGCUUGAAGAGGCCGAGCACUACACAUCAUUCCUUGAGGCAUUCCAUGCCUAG